UUAUAUUUUUACUGAUGCUUUGACUGAGUAGUUUGUUGCAAUGUACUGCUAAAUGAAGGAAAAAUCAAAAACUGCAUCAGACAACCACUCUGUAUUUCAUUCUAGAAAAUAGCUGGCAAUUAUAAUUACUCACCAUGUUUCUGGCUCAGAAUAAAAGUGGCAUUGCACAAAAAAACCACACUGAACAUUCAUCGUGAUUAGAAAAUGCUCCAUACCUUGGAGUGCAGUGGAGACAUAAGAAUAAUUUUAAAUGCAAAUUAAAUUGUGGGGGUAGCAAAGAGAACAGAUAAAAGACAGUAAAACAAAGCCUUUCACUUUCCUCAAAUUAGCAGGCUAAUGUAGUAUAAAAAAAAGCAGUUCUACUCAGAUCUGUGCUAAGAGCUUUCAUUUCAUCAUAAUAUAAAACAGCAGAUCCGUCACCUUUCUCUAUUCAGUACUCUUGAUUUCGAGGUUGAAGUGAAAAUUAGAAGCUGUUCUUUCUGGCUCACAGACUGGGUUGCAUUUGCUUAGUCUUAAUCCAUGACAGUAGGAUGGAAAGAGGUCAGUAACACUGGAAUCUGACUGAUCAUUCAUACCGGAGUAUUGUACACAAAGCACCUUCAAAAUGGACUACUUUUUGGAUGUUGAGUCUGCUCACAGACUGUUUUACAGUCAAGGAGCCCAAGCUCGUCGGGCAACUCUUCUCACUGUGCCCACUCUGGUGACAGCAACUUCUGAGGAUGACAUAGACCGGAGACCCAUCAGAAGGCUCCGGUCUAAGAGUGACACCCCUUACUUGGAAGAAGCUCGGAUCUGCUUCAACCUUGAUAAUGCUCGCCGGGCCACGCUGCUCACCGUGCCCACAUUAAUGGCGGCAUCUUCCGAGGAGGACAUCGACCGCAGACCCAUCCGCCGCGUCCGCUCCAAGAGCGACACCCCCUACCUCGCCGAGGCCCGCAUCUCCUUAAACCUCGACACAGCUGAAGAGGUGGAAAGACUGGCUGCAAUGCGUUCAGAUUCUCUAGUACCUGGGACUCACACGCCUCCAAUCAGAAGAAGGAGCAAAUUUGCCACUCUUGGGAGAAUUUUUAAGCCAUGGAAAUGGAGGAAGAAGAAGAGUGAAAAAUUUAAGCACACUUCAGCAGCUUUGGAAAGAAAAAUGUCAAUGAGGCAAAGCAGAGAGGAGCUUAUAAAACGAGGAGUGCUGAAAGAAAUUUUUGAUAAAGAUGGGGAACUUUCCAUACCAAAUGAAGAAGGAGCUUUGGAGAAUGGACAGCCUCUGGGCUCUGGGCUGAGCUCUAGCCAGGUGUCCCUGCCAGCCCUAGCAGAACUGGAGUCAGUCCCAGCAUCUGUGGAACCCUGCUCAUAUGAGGUGCUCCCAACCACAGAGAUCAUGGAUGGGACAGUGUCUGAAGAGAGCCCCACAUCCAAUGAAUCCGGCGUCCUCCUGUCCCAAGAUCCUACAGCUAAACCAGUCCUGCUACUUCCCCCCAAAAAAUCUGCCGCUUUCCCUGGAGACCAUGAGGACACCCCAGUGAAACAGUUGUCCCUCCUCAAACAGCCCCCUGCCCUGCCUCCUAAACCUAUUGCCAGGAUUGCCAGCCACUUAACUGAUCCUGGCGCUCCUGUGAAACUGCCUUGUAUGCCAGUUAAACUGUCACCUCCACUACCUCCAAAGAAAGUCAUGAUUUGCAUGCCUUUAGGGGGGCCAGACCUCUCUCUCUCAUCCUAUUCCACGCAGAAGAGCUCCCAGCAGCCUUUGACCCAGCAGCAUCACACUGUCCUGCCAUCCCAGUUAGCAGCUCACCAGCACCAGCUCCAGUACGGCAGCCACAGCCAGCACCUUCCUUCUGGGUCCAGCACGUUGCCCAUUCACCCUUCAGGGUGCCGCAUGAUCGAGGAACUGAACAAAACGCUAGCCAUGACCAUGCACAGGCUAGAAAGCUCUGGUUUACACACAAGUGACAGUGUUACAAAAGCAGGACCUUCAGGCCUUCCAGACAUGAGACAAGUGCCAACUGUUGUGAUCGAAUGCGAUGACAAUAAAGAAAAUGUGCCUCAUGAAACUGACUAUGAAGAUUCUUCCUGCCUUUAUCCAAGGCAGGAAGAGGAAGAAGAGGAAGAUGAAGAGGAGGAUAACUCAUUAUUUACAAGCCCCCUGGCAAGGAAACUCUGCAGGAAGGACUCUUUAGCAAUCAAACUAAGCAACAGGCCUUCCAAGCGAGAGCUAGAGGAAAAGAACAUCCUCCCCAUGCAGACUGAUGAAGAGAGGCUUGAACUUAGGCAGCAGAUUGGGACAAAGCUGACAAGACGACUGAGCCAGAGGCCGACUGCUGAAGAAUUGGAGCAGAGGAACAUACUGAAACCCCGGAAUGAGCAAGAGGAGCAGGAGGAAAAACGAGAGAUUAAGAGAAGAUUAACACGUAAGCUGAGUCAAAGGCCCACAGUAGAAGAGCUACGUGAGAGGAAGAUCCUCAUCCGCUUCAGUGACUACGUGGAGGUGGCAGACGCGCAGGACUACGACAGGAGGGCAGACAAACCCUGGACACGACUCACAGCCGCCGACAAAGCAGCCAUUCGAAAAGAGCUUAAUGAAUUUAAAAGCUCUGAAAUGGAAGUUCAUGAAUUAAGUAGGCAUCUAACAAGGUUUCAUAGACCGUAGCAGAUCAAUUCUACCUGACUACUAUGCCAUCUUCAAAACAUAACUAAAAGGAACCAUAAGUGCUGGUAUUAUUCACUUCCCUGUUACGUACAAUGUAAAUCUUCUGAACUGCCUUUCUAAAAAAAAAAAAAAAAAGGUAGAAAAAUAAA